AUGCAGCCUUCUCAAACAACGCCCUUGUUGGCCGACGACCGUCGUCAUGAGCGACGUCGGUCCUCUUUAGACUCGGACAUGACCGAUUCCGAGGAUGAUGCCCUGCGAGGCGACGCUCCUUCGACACACCACGGCCGAUCAUGGCACCUGCGACUUCGCGAAACCCUCAUUUUCAUCUGGGCUCUGCUCGCCACGGCUGGCGUCUUGAUCCUGGCCAUCUGGAUGUCGCACAAGUCACAAAUCGGAUCCGAGAAGCCCAGUGGCAAGCGAAACCUUGUUUUCAUGGUCUCCGAUGGCAUGGGUCCCGCCUCGCUCUCCCUUACACGAUCGUUCCGACAGCAUGUGGAGGGCUUGGAAUUCGGCGACACCCUGACGCUCGACAAGCACUUUUGGGGAAGCAGUCGAACACGAAGUGCUUCGUCCUUGAUCACGGAUUCCGCAGCUGGUGCCACGGCCUUUAGCUGCGCGCAAAAGAGCUACAACGGCGCCAUCUCCAUGCUGCCUGACCAUACCCCAUGUGGCACAGUACUCGAGGCUGCAAAGAGGGCUGGUUUCAUGACCGGCCUGGUCGUGACCACGGAUAUUACAGAUGCCACGCCUGCUUGCUUUGCUAGCCAUGUUGACGUACGUGAGCAGAAUGAUGAUAUUGCGCUUCAGGAAAUUGGCGAGGGUCCCCUUGGCCGAGUGGUUGAUCUCAUGUUCGGAGGAGGAAGAUGCCAUUUCUUGCCCAACGGUACCCAAGGCAGCUGCAGAGCUGAUGACAUUGACGUUGUGUCUAUUGCCAAGGAGAAGCAUGGCUUCACCUACGUCGAUGACCGCGCUGGCUUUGAUGACUUUUGGGAGGGCAAGAAGGAGGUUCCCUUGCCGAUGCUAGGUCUCUUUGCCCCUACCGAUAUUCCCUUCGAAGUUGAUCGGCGUAAUAUGAAUGAUGUUUACCCCAGCUUGAGCGAGAUGGCCAAGACUGCCAUCAAGACACUGGAGAAGGCUACAGCCAAUAGUGACAAGGGAUUUUUCCUUAUGAUCGAAGGCAGUCGCAUCGACCAUGCCGGCCACAUAAACGAUCCAGCGGCCCAGGUGCGAGAAGUCCUGGAAUACGACAAGACGUUCAAGUACGUUUCGGACUUUCUCGAGACCAGCAAAACCCCUGGUGUGCUCGUCGCAACCAGCGACCACGAGACUGGCGGUCUGUCGGUUGCAAGACAAAACACUGUCGACUAUCCCGAGUACUUGUGGUACCCUGCUGUUUUGGCCAAUGCAUCGUACUCGUCUCUGUACCUGGCUCAUGAGCUGCACCAGCACAUGAGUGAGAAUAAGAAUAAAUCCGAGAAAGAACUCAUCGCAUACAUCAAUGAAAAGAUCGUCGUCCCUGGACUCGGCAUUCUUGAUGCCACCAAAGAGGAGCUUGCCCCCAUUGUCCAAUACCCACUUCUCGCACAACAAGUCUUUGCCAACAUGGUCAGCAGACGUGCUCAGAUUGGAUGGAGCUCCCACGGUCACUCAGCUGUUGAUGUCAAUAUCUACAGCUCCGGCGGCCCAGGAACUGAUUCCAUCCGCGGAAACGUCGAGAACACCGACGUAGGAAAGUUUCUCAGAGAUUACCUCAACGUAGAUGUCGGUGACAUUACUGAAGAAUUGCAAGAGAAGAUGAAUAGAAAGCCAAAGUCGGCAGCUGCCGCCGCUGCCGAUGUGGAGGAGGCUGAACAGGAUCACUGGGCUGUCCAUGAGGAUACAGUAAGGCAGCUUGAGGAACACGGUGUAGAGGAAUUCUAA